GCUACUAUUAAGGUAAAAGAAGGAGAUGAUGAGAAGGAACACGAUGUGACAUUGAGCACUGAGGCAACCAAUUUGAAUGAAGAGGUUGCUUCAGAGGGGAGCUAUGAAAGAGAUGCUCCGACUGCAAAGCCUGGUUCUGCUGGUUCGCCAGAAAGUGAUACCGAAGGGCCCUUCUCGGGUUAUUCGACAGAAAGUGAAAGAGAAAGGGAAGUGCAGCUCGCAGAAGAAACGAAGACAUGUCAUGUUAAAAGAUGGGGUAACAAUAGACCAGCUAUUUGUGCCAUUGAAAAUAUGAUGGAAUCAAGGGUCAAGAAGGGAAAGGAAAUGAAGUAUAUGAGUGAAAGCGGAGAUCAUCUUCCAUCAAUCAAAGACGAAAGAUUUCCGGAUCGAGAAUCUGAUGACGAGUUUGAGGAAAAGGUCUGUGUUAAGGAGAUUCUAACUACAGAAGAAAGCAGUUCAGGCAAUGAUCCCUCUCAAGAACCACCUUUUCCUUGGAAAGAAGAGCUGGAGAGCCUUGUUCUUGGAGGAGUUCCAAAGGAUCUCAGAGGGCAGAUGUGGCAAGCCUUUGUAGGUGUUAAGGCCAGACGAGUAGAUAGAUAUUAUGAGUAUUUGCUGGAUCAAGAAAAAUAUGAUGAUGAUCACCUUAGUAACUCAUCUGGUGUGUUCGGAAUAUGGAAAAAGCAAAUUGAGAAGGAUUCACCUCAGACUUUUCCAGGUCAUCCAGCUUUGAAUGAUAAUGGUAGGGACUCCCUGAGGCGUUUACUUUUAGCUUAUGUUCGGCAUAACCCCUCCGUUGGGUACUGUCAGGCAAUGAAUUUCUUUGCUGGAUUAUUGCUACUUAUGAUGCCAGAGGAAAAUGCCUUUUGGACCUUGUUGGGCAUUAUUGAUGAUUACUUUGAUGGGUACUAUACAGGGGACAUGAUAGAAUCUCAGGUUGAUCAACUCGUGUUUGAAGAGCUGAUGCGUGAAAGAUUUCCCAGAUUGGCCACUCAUCUGGAUUACUUGGGAGUUCAAGUGACAUGGAUUUCUGCACCAUGGUUCCUUUCCAUUUUUGUUAAUAUGCUUCCAUGGGAAAGCGUUCUUCGCAUUUGGGAUGUGAUUCUAUUCGAAGGAAAUCGUGUUAUGCUAUUUCGAACGGCCCUUGCUUUAAUGGAGUUAUAUGGUCCUGCAUUACUUACAACUAAAGAUGCCGGGGAUGCCAUCACUUUGUUGCAAUCCCUUGCUGGCUCAACGUUCGACAGCAGCCAACUUGUACUGACUGCCUGCAUGGGUUUCUUAGACGUGACCGACUCUAAAUUACAUGACUUGAGAGAAAAGUAUAGAUCAGACGUGCUACUGGUUGUCGAGGAAAGAAUAAAUAGAGGCUGGGUUUGGAAAGAUUCAAAAGGACUUUCAUCUAAGCUCUACACUUUUAAGCACGGUCAUGAUUCGCAGCUAGAAGAAAAUAAACCUGCUGAAGAUUCAGCUGAUGGAGAUGCAUCUAAGUUGGACCCUCGAGACUCGAAUCUGGAUGAAUUUCUUUCCAGCCUAAAUGUAGAUUCGAACAUCGGUUCCCUACCAGAUCUUCAGGAGAGGGUUAAUUGGAUGAAGGUUGCGUUGUUCAGGUUGCUCGAGGAAAAAAGAGCUGCUGUACUCCGAGCUGAGGAAUUGGAGACAGCACUUGUGGAGUUGGUCAAACAAGAUAACCGACGGGAACUGAGUGCAAAGAUUGAAGAGUUAGAGCAAGAGAUAGCCGAUCUACACCAAGCUCUUGCCGAUAAAAAAGAACAAGAAGCUGCUGUGAAUAAGGUUUUGGUGCAGCUUGAGCAAGAGCAAAUAAUAACCGAAGAAGGACGCAAACAUGCAGAACAAGAUGCAGUUGCCGAGAGAAUGGCAGUUUCUGUGCUUCAGGAGAAAUACGAGAAGGCUAUGGCUUCUAUUGCGGAAAUGGAGAAGAGGGCGGCUUUAGCAGAAUCAAUGCUGGAGGCUACCAUGCUAAGUGAAUCUGGCAAAACUAAUACACCAUCUUCUCAGGAGACUCAGCUCGACAGUGCUAGAAGAAAGGUGGGUGACCUAUUGUCAUUCGGACUUAGAUGGCGCGAGAAGAGCAAGGGAAAAGAGAAGGAGUCUACCGAGCUCGAAUCCAAAUCGAGCACCCACCGCAAAGGGAACUUUAGUCUCGGGUAGCUCCGGCGCCAUGUUAUCCUUUCGGUUUGUGGUUCCACAGCCAAGCAAGCCACUUCUAAGCCAUCUCUUUUGGUUUUUAAUUCCUCUCUUUGACCUUAUUUGUAGUUUAUGAACAUGCUUGUAGGGUAACAAAGGGAUCUAUUAGUAGAAAGUAUCAGUCCGAAACCAAGUAUACUUGUACAAGUUGAUUGAUAAUCAAACGUUCAG